AUGAUUUUAAGUCACUGUUCAAGUUCACUGAACCUGAACUUUAUUUUUAACAUGUGCAACAAUUUCGUGGAAUCAAUUCCUCAAAUUGAAAAUGGUGAUUCAGUGAAUCAACCUGGUAGAAUGGGAGUUCCUCCUAGGUGUCCCGAUCUAAAUUGUGACGAAAGGCAUUACUUGGACCGAGUAAAUUGCAUAUGCGUUUGUGAAGAACAGCCAUGUGAACCUGGAUAUUACUGGGACCCAGAACGUUGUGGAUGCAAAAGUGUAUGCUCUCCCAGCUAUAUCUGGAAUGAAGACCUUUGUGACUGCAUGUGUCAAGAACAAAGUUGCUCUCGUCCCAAAUGUUGGGAUCCAAAACUUUGUGACUGCGCUUGUUGUGAAAGCCCUCCAGACAUCGUAUGCGCUCUUGGGGAAGAUUGGAAUGAUGAUCUCUGUACAUGUGAACCAUGUGAUUAUGAGUGUCCUGAUGGAAAAAUUUGGGAUUAUGAAGAAUAUGGAUGUGAAAAGGACCUUGUUCCGGAACAGGAAACGGACCUUAAACGGAUCUCGGAACACGGACCGAAGCCCCGAGAAUGUUCUGAUGGAAAGACAUGGGAUGACAAUUUUUGUCAAUGCGUUUGCGAACGGAUUGACAUAUGUCCGGCAGGAAAUAAGAUUUGGAGUGACACAUUUUGUAUGUGCAUUUGUCGAGGUAUUGAAUCAUGUGAAAAUAGUUUGUUUCCCAAAAUUUGGGAUGCAGAACGUUGUGAAUGCGUUUGCAAUGAAUUAUUUGUAAGAAAAUGUCCUUAUGGAUUUGCUUGGGAUGAAAAUUAUUAA